CUCAGCAGGACUCUCCUCCCCACUGCUCACCAUGGGCAAGAAAGUUGCUGUUGUCCUCUCAGGCUGCGGGGUGUAUGAUGGUAGCGAAGUCCACGAGUCUUCGGCUGUCAUGGUGCAUCUCAGCAGGGAGGGGGCUCAGGUUGAACUUUAUGCUCUAGACAUCGACCAAAUGCACGUGGUGAACCACAUCAAGGGGCAGCCAACUGAGGAAAAACGCAACGUCCUGGUAGAGAGUGCUAGGAUCGCCAGAGGCAACAUCAAAGAUCUGGCUACGCUGAAUGUGAAGGAACUAGAUGCCCUCAUCAUCCCAGGUGGCUUUGGAGUGGCUAAAAACCUUUGCUCUUGGGCCGUGGAUGGGAAGGACUGUACAGUCUCCAAACUCGUGGAAGAUACCAUCAAGGCCUUCCACUCAGCCAAGAAACCCAUUGGUCUGUGCUGCAUCUCUCCCGUGCUGGCAGCCAAAAUUCUUCCAGGCUGUGAGGUCACUGUUGGGCAUGAUGCAGAAUGCGAGAAGUGGCCCUAUGCCAAGACCGCCGAAGCCCUGAAGGAGCUGGGCUGCAAACACGUGAACAAAAAUGUCGAUGAGGUCCAUGUGGAUGCAAAACACAAACUGGUGACCACGAGUGCUUUCAUGUGCAAUGCGCCCAUCCACACCAUCUAUGACGGCAUCGGAAAGAUGGUCAAAGAAGUGCUAAAGCUUGCUUGAAGGAAACAGGCCCCAUCCCCUCCCUUCACCCUUGCUAGUGAAAAGCUCUGGCCACUUCCUGGAGAGGUGGGUGGGAGUAAUUUGGGUUAAAGGGGCAUCUGCAGCCCAUCCACACAUAUGCCAUCCUUGGGUCAUUCCCCCACCCACUACUCUCCCCCUCCCAAGCCAAUUCCUUGCUUGCAAACAGCACCCCUGCCUCAAACUUAGGCCCUGUUUGGGCAGCAGGAGGAGAAGAGGUCAUUUGUCUUUGAAGCAGGACUUCUCCCUUCUCCUCCAGCCAGCUCCAAACAUUCUGCCUGCUUCAUCAUGCCCAGAGCCACAGACUGUGAAGAAGAACCCAUUGGGACAAAGAAGAUGGAUAUUAAAAGGAUGGCUAUACGUAAAGAGGGCUGGAUGAUGAUGGUUAACAGCUGGCUAUCACCUUGUGGAUGUUGGUGUAUUCCCUCCUGCCCACAUUCCAUACACCCCCCCUCCCCAAAUAAAACUGGAA